AUGUCCUACAACCAAACUAUUGUGCUACCUCCCAUACAACGGCACUCCACCACCUCGGAUUUCAAGCCACCUCCCAUACAUAAGCUCCAGACGUUGAUCUGGGGCAUGCCCUCUGCGCCGGAAGUGAAGCUUCCCGCGCCUGUUCUUCCUCCUCUGGUAUCAGUUUCCAGUUCGUCUAGCCCAGAUCCGCUAUCACCAACAUCAUUACAAACUCUACUUCCUCCUCCCACGGUGUCGGUCGGUUCGACCCCAUCCAGUCCGGACUCGCCGUUGUCGCCCUCGGCCCACACAGAAGUUCGGAAACAGCGCAAGAAGCGCCAGUGUCCCCAGUGCCACUUGUUAUUCAGCAACCUGGCUACCCACAAAUCAACACAUCUUUCCAUCACUGCGAGACCUCACGUCUGCCACACCUGCGACCGUGGGUUUGCCAGGCCAAACGAUCUUCAGAGACACGAGAAGCGUCAUUUGAAGGAUCUGGGCCAGAUCGGGUUCAAGUGCCCUUUUUACGACGAAGAACCUGGUUCCAAGUGCCAUCCUUCUGGAUGUUUUUCGCGCUGUGACACAUUCAAGAACCACCUCAAGGCACUACAUUUCCAAUACCCUUCCGGAACGCGCAAAAGACAGCGUAACGCUGUUGCGGGCCGUUGCAAGGCUUGCGGCCAAAUAUUUGAGUCCGUCGACGUCUGGCUGAACGGCCAUGUCGAGAACCGCGAGUGCUCCGGGUCCGUCCACGGCUCUCUGACACCUCCAAACUCGUCCUAG